AUUGAGAUUAUAUUAGUUGCAGUCAUCUUUGAUAGUCUCCUUUCUCUCAAUCCAUCAAAGACAAAAGGCCCAAUGGCCUAAUUUCCUCUCUAAAGCACCUGUCAAACACCCCCAAGGAACAGUUGCAGAGUUGCUCUUCUUUCUUCUUCUCUUCUCUCACCAUGACAGACAGGGUUUACCCUUCUACUAAACCCGCCACUAACGGCACCACUACCAUCACCAACCCCUCUUUUCCGGCCACCAAAGCUCAGCUCUACGGAGCCAACCGUCCUGCCUAUCGCCCUCAACCCCAACGCAAACGAAGCCGCCGGAGUUGCUGGUGUGCCUGUUGUCUCUGGGUAACCUUGAUCAUAUUCAUUCUCCUCGUCCUGGUUGCCAUAGCUGGUGCCAUUAUCUACGUUAUCUACCGUCCCCAGCGGCCCACCUUCUCUGUCUCCGGCCUCAAAGUCUCCUCUCUCAACUUCACUUCAUCUUCCCAGCUCACCACCAACAUCAACUUUAACAUCACCGCAAGAAACCCAAACAAGAAGCUCGUCUACAUCUACAACCCUGUCACUAUCUCUGUAACUACAGAGAAAGAGGAUAUUCUUAUAGGCAAUGGCUUGUUACCCUCUUUUGUGCAUGGCACCAAGAACACAACCUUGCUGAAAGCUACCAUCACAAGCAGUGGUCAACAGCUAGACGAUAUCCCUUCUAGCCAAUUGAAGACGGCUUUGAAGAGCAAGAAUGGCUUGGGUUUGAAGAUAGAGUUGGAAACUAAGGUGAAACUGAAGAUGGGAGGUUUAAAGACACCAAAAGUUGGGAUCAGGGUAUCCUGUGAAGGGAUCAAAGUCACUGUUCCCAGUGGGAAAACGGCAACCACAGCUUCAGUAUCUAACGCUAAGUGCAAGGUUGAUUUGAGGAUCAAAAUCUGGAAAUGGACUUUUUGAGAUGGGAUUCAUCUGUGUUUAAUUUAGAAAAUAAAAAGUGUGAUUUUUUUUCCCUCUUUUUAAUUAAUUACAUAUAUGUUAUUCUUU